AGUAAUCAUUCUACUAUCGAGAGAGAGAGAAAAAGAGAGCAAAAUGAGCUUUAACCGGAAUUUAUUAAAUAUAAUAAUAGUCCUUUGUGUAUGUCUCAGUUGGGACUGUAACGAGGGAGCUCAAGAAAGAGAGAAGAGAGAGAUUGAUUCUCAUACUAUUCAACUCAGCUCUCUCUUCCCUUCUUCAUCAUCUUGUGUUCUUUCUAGCAGAGCGUCUAAGACAAAGUCCUCACUGCACGUGACGCACAGACACGGCACGUGCUCGCGUUUAACCAGUGGCAAAGCCAAGAGUCCAGACCAUGUCGAGGUCCUCAGACUCGACCAAGCGCGCGUAAAAUCCAUCCACUCAAAACUAUCGAAGAAACUCACAGAUCGAGUCAGGCAAAGCCAGUCCACGGAUCUACCGGCAAAAGACGGAAGCACAUUCGGAUCAGGAAACUACGUAGUCACGGUCGGAAUCGGAACGCCGAAACACGAUCUGUCUCUGAUCUUCGAUACCGGAAGCGAUCUGACGUGGACUCAAUGCGAGCCAUGUGUUCGAUCUUGCUAUUCACAAAAGGAACCCAUCUUUAACCCUUCUUCCUCUUCUUCUUACUACAACGUCUCCUGCUCAUCGUCGGCGUGUGGAUCUCUCUCUUCUGCUACAGGAAACGCUGGAAGUUGUUCGGCUUCUAAUUGCCUCUACGGUAUUCAAUACGGCGACCAAUCGUUCUCUGUUGGAUUUCUCGCCAAGGAGAAAUUUACCCUAACGAGCUCCGAUGUCUUCGACGGCCUUUAUUUCGGCUGCGGCGAGAACAACCAAGGACUUUUCACCGGAGUCGCCGGACUUCUCGGACUUGGCCGCGACAAGCUCUCAUUUCCGUCUCAGACGGCGACGACCUACAAUAAGAUGUUCUCCUAUUGCCUUCCUUCUUCCGCUAGCUACACCGGACAUCUCACAUUCGGAUCCGCCGGAAUCUCUAGAUCCGUCAAAUACACUCCGAUUUCCACCAUCACAGAUGGCACAUCAUUCUAUGGCCUCGAUAUCGUCGGAAUCACCGUCGGCGGUCAGAAAUUGGCGAUUCCAUCAACCGUAUUCUCUACUCCGGGAGCUCUAAUCGACUCCGGAACCGUCAUUUCUCGCCUUCCGCCGAAAGCCUACGCGGCGCUGCGGAGCGCGUUCAAGGCGAAGAUGUCAAAGUAUCCGUCUACCUCGGCCGUCUCGAUCCUGGACACGUGCUUCGAUCUCACCGGAUUUAAGACGGUGACGAUCCCGAAAGUAGCGUUCUCUUUCAGCGGCGGCGCCGUCGUGGAGCUUGGCUCGAAAGGGAUUUUGUACCCGUUUAAGGUAUCGCAGGUUUGUUUGGCGUUCGCUGGGAAUAGCGACGACAAUAACGCUGCCAUCUUUGGAAACGUUCAGCAGCAAACGCUAGAAGUUGUCUACGAUGGUGCGGGCGGGCGGGUCGGGUUUGCUCCUAAUGGCUGUAGUUAAUUGAAAAAAAUAUGGUAAAAUUAUGUCUCUCUCUCUCUAUGGAUUUGGCACAAAUCAGCUCUAUCCUCCAGUUAAGUAUGUAUUUUGGGAAAGGUCUUGAAGUAAUUGUACAGUAAUAAGGUUGUGUUGAACUGUUGAUACAACAUUAUUGCACCUUUCAUUAUAGAAGCCCAAACUUUAAUUUGUACAUUGAA